GGAACCCCAAAGGAGGGGCAGAAAUAGGCUUCCGUGGUCAAGUGACAUUGUUCAUUCCAGCUAAUGAUGAUGCUUAUGGGAUUAUAGGCUUUACACAGAUACUCUUUGAUGCAGGAGGUGGAUGAUCUGGAGGAUGAUAACCCUGUCUCUCUGAGUAUUUAGAGGACAAGAGGCAGGUAUGGCAGACUAACUGUACACUGGAGCGCCUAUGGUAGCCUGGAUGACAUUUUUCCCACUUCAGGAGUGGUGACGUUUUCUGAGAGCCAGGCUGUUGCUGUCGACAGUCGUCAUGAAAGAGAGUACUACUGUUGUUUUGGUAUCUGUUACUAUCCUGCCGGCACUAGAUGAUGAGAUUCCAGAAGAAAGAAGUGUAUAUCAGCUAAGAUUGAGCUCUCUAACCCUGGGCUCAGCGAUCAACCCUGAUAGACAACUUGCCACCAUCACUAUGGCUGCCAGUGACCUUCCCCAUGGGCUUUUCUCCUUCUCCCAAGCCUCUCUGCGUGCCACUGAGGAGGACAGAGCUGUAAACAUGACCAUUGUUCGCUCCAUGGGUCUGUUUGGCAGCGUGUGGGUCAGUUACCACACAGAAGGCAGAACUGUAGUCAUUGGACAGGAUUUUGGACAGUCCUGUGGUCGGCUGCUCUACGGGCCUGGGGAGAGCUCAAGGGUCAUUACGCUGUCUAUACUCGAUGAAGAUCUUCUAGAAGGACCAGAAGAGUUUUUCCUCAACAUUACGCUAGUAGAGCUUCUGAAUGCCAGUUCAUUAGAUUUUACAGUGAGAGAGUACGGCCUACAGAUUUACCAGCAUCCUGGAGUUUGACCCCAAAUAUGUCAACAUCACUGGUACUUUUAUGCAUUCAUUCUUUUUUUUUCUCACAGAUCUUUUGUGAUUUUUAUUUUUUAUUUUUUUAAAUGAAGAGAAAGUGUCUUCACCUAAAAAUUACAGGUAAACUCCUGGCCAAUAAUUAUUUUCAUUUCAUGGAUGAUAA